UUUUGGAAUAAUGACCCCUUAUGAGAAGAACAUGUUCUGAUGAAAUGGCCAUGGCACAUAAAGCUGCCAUAUGGUAUGGAUGGAGCAUCAAGGGGCGCCAUGCAUGUCAUGAAUAGAAAAUUAGGAACCCCUGCCUACUUUGAUCAGAGCCCUGGUGUCAAAAUCAAGGCUUUCAACAACAACGUAGGGAUAACAUAUUUCAAUAAAAAUGGAAACUUGAUCUCAGUAAAGAUUUCCCAAGGAACAUAAAAUCUGAAUUUCAGUGGAUGUUGAGGAAAACAUGGGGCAAAAAGGCUCACGGUUGGAACUUGCUACAAUAUAUUUCUUCUCCAUCCCUUUCUGGUAAGCAGAAACCCCCCAGGCCAAGCAACCACUGGUAUGAACAAAUCAUUUGAUCUCAGGAAGAUUUACACUCCCUUUUUUUCUCAAAAUAUUAUUAACUGUUGGCCAACCAAAACAUGAGCACCAUGAAUUCACAAGAAAAGCUUACAAAAACAGAGUGGAUCGAACAAUUCAUGAGACGAUCAAACCAAAUGGAGCUGAAAAUAGUAGAUAUCCAUUUCAGGAGGGGACCUUUCAAGCUACUCCUUCACAAAUAACAGAAUUCACUAUAAAUUUUGACGAACAAAAAAAACUACUAAGCAUUCACGGUUUCAGACAUCUCAACUCAGCAAAGGCAGAGUCCCUUGCAGGACAGGGACACCAAAGGGAAACCACAUAUUCAUUGCAACUUUUCACCAGAACAUGCCACUUUUGAGUACAAUUAGGCCUCCAAGUUGCAAUUUUUUUGUCUCUUUACUCCACAAAUCAUACUGAUGUCUACAUUUCUCCAAACUAGUACAUUUUUAACUCAUUGUGGCAAGCCUCCUAGCACCAUAGUUCAAUUACUUCAAUUCCAUCACCACGCAUAUCAAUCCACAAGAAUCAAAUCAUAUCAUUACAGAAGAUUUGCAGCAUACAUGAAGUUUAAUGCAGACUAAGGAUGAAUGAUUGAAACAGAUAUCAGAUUUUCCAAAUCAAAUUCUGUCUAUACCCUGCAAUUUCACAUAUCCUCAAAAUUCUUGGUGUGAAGUUGUGAACAGUACCAUUCAAACAACACCGGCUGACAAAGCAACCAAAGGUAAUACAUUGAUAGAAACAUUUUUAAGAAGCUUUCUUAAUCUAACAAAUCAUGAGGAAAAAUGAAAACCUCACUCCAAC